AUAGAUUAUCCUGGAGAAUCCCAGAAUAGAGAUGCAAUCAAAUUCAAAUAAACCAAACGUACAUAUAAAAGGGAAAAGUGAAAAGGCGAAAGGAAUUUUAUUUGUACAAAAAAAGAGAGAGAAGGAAUGAGGGAUGACGAUCUUCCCAUAUCAACGCCAACAGCACCUUCAUCGUCGUUCACGACUUCGAAGAAGGAAACUUCCUAUUUUGCCAUUUUCGGUAGAGGUCGUUAUAAGUUUUGGGCCUUUGCCGCUAUCUCAUUGUUAGCUUUGUGGUCUAUGUUCACCGGAACUGUUACCCUACGUUGGUCCGCCGGUAACCUCAACGCCAUAUCCGAUGACAUCGACAUUCCCCUCCCCGAAGAUCUUGACGUUCUCGAAAUGGAAGAAAGGGAGAAGUUAGUGAAGCAUAUGUGGGAUGUAUACACAAACAGCCGUGGGAUCAAAUUGCUAAAGUUUUGGCAGGAAGCAUUUGAGGCUGCCUAUGAGGAGUUAACCAGUGACGUCCCUGGAGUCCCAGAGGAUGCCCUUUCUGAGAUUGCUAAGAUGUCUGUACGCUACAUUCCUAUUGAAUCACCACCUCUUCAUUCAUCGGGAAUUCGUGAAUUAAGUCUAAGGCAAAUGAAGAGGGAGCAAACAACUGCAACAGGGAGAAAGUCAUGACUUGGAGAAUAUCAAUCCCCAUUUGUGUGGUCACCGCUUUUUACACACAUGAAUGAUAGAUUUAUCCCGUCUGCUGUCUGGUUAUUGUGAAAUAGCAUUUGUGAAAAGAUUACACUGUCAGUUCAUUGCAUUUUUUGCUGUUAGGGAAAAACUAGUAUCUAUUUAGGAUUUCAUACUUGUAAAUUUUUUCUCCUCUUAUUUUUGAAAUCACAAGUUCGUGAAAAAUCGAAAAACAUCAUGAUUGGAUUAAUUCGUGCAAAAAAAGACGAUCUAUAUUUGUUGCUAUUAGUUUUGCGCUGAAAUACAUUUUUGAUAGACA